AUGCUAGGAAAAAAAAACCAAGGGAAUGGCUACUGGAACCUGUCCAGCACGAGGGGAUUGGUAUCAAAAUUUUUUGGUGAUGGCUCAAGUGAGAUCGAAAAAUUUUUCAGCCGCCGGGUAACCUAUAUUUCUCGCAGUAAACACCAUACUGGAAGGGGUUACCCGGGUUUGAUUGGGCCAAUGGUACGGGAAAUAGAGGUUAUGGGAGAAAUUGGGAUAGAUUCUGAAGUCAGAUAG